AUGCCGACAGUCCGCAAAGGCAUUUUUGUCGCAGUCUGCAUCCUCGCUCUUAUCUACCUCUUCCACUCCCGCCAACCGGCGACUAUUCCCGGCGCGCCUGGGUUUCGACCAGUGACAAAGAUCUCGGAGGAAGAGCAGAGCUCCCUCAAACAGCAGAGAACGGACAGGGCGAAUGCCAGACAGCGCCAUGCGCUUUCGUUUGGAAACGCGCCCUUGCACAACCGCCUGCGAUACCAAUUUCCCUACGACCUGCGGAGCAGGUUCCCGGCAUACAUAUGGCAGACAUGGAAGUAUGAUCCAUCAUCAAUGUGGUUUACAGACAGCUUGCGCGAGUCCGAGGCUUCGUGGACUACCUUGCAUCCAGGCUUCACACAUGAAGUGAUUACAGAUGACGUACAGCGGCACCUGAUUAUGUACCUCUAUGCAUCUCUCCCCGAUGUCUUCGAAGCCUACGACUCGUUACCGCUCGCGGUUAUGAAAGCCGAUUUCUUCAGAUAUUUGAUCUUGCUCGCACGGGGUGGCGUCUACAGUGACAUUGAUACCGUCGCUCUCAAACCAGCACCAUACUGGCUGCCGGAUGAGCUUGACCGAUCCAGGGUCGGCAUGAUUUUCGGAAUCGAAGCGGAUCCAGAUCGCCCGGAUUGGCACGACUGGUAUUCGCGACGCAUUCAAUUCUGUCAAUGGACCAUCGUGGCAAAGCCAGGCCACCCGAUCUUGCGUGACAUGGUCGCUUACAUUACUGAGGAAGCAUUGCGGAUGAAGAAGGCGGGGAUUCUCAAAGUCGGCAAGAUGGAUAAGACAGUGAUGGAAUUCACGGGACCGGGUGCCUGGACCGACGCCAUCUUCCGCUACCUCAACAAUCCUGACUACUUUCAAAUCGCCCCAGGUGAGAAGAAUAUCACCUACGAGGACUUUAGCGGCCAGACUGGUCAUCGGAAAGUCGGUGAUGUCGUUGUUUUACCGAUCACGAGCUUCAGUCCGGGUGUUGGGCAAAUGGGGGCUGGUGGUACAGAUGACCCCAUGGCCUUUGUGCAGCAUCGAUUUGACGGUGAGGCUUUCCUUUUGAAACAUUGA